AUGGAGAACGUAUUGAGGAAGAGGAGAUACGUGAGAUACUUGAUAGGUGUAAGAAGUGGCACUGGGAGGCCCGUUGUUGCUGGAGAGGGAGGUACCUGGGCUGAGCUUGGUGAGCCGCUGUGUGCCGCUGUGUUGAACGCCGUUGGUGUCGCUGCUGUGUUGAUCGCCACUGCAUGGCAGAGGAAAUGGGUAUGUAGGGAAAUGGGUGAGGCAUGGCGGGAGACAGAGAGUAGCCGUAGGGGAAUGGGUUUGAUUUGA